AUGGCCCAUCUGCCAUUAUUUCUCAUUUUCUUGGGCUUUACCUCAGCCGUUCUCAUCCCAAAUCUUCCCAAUCAACCACCCGUCAAAUUCAAACAAUAUUCCGACUAUUACUCAGUGGGAACAAAUGGAAAUCAUCAACUUCAUUAUUGGUUCUUGGAAUCUCAAAACAAUCCCUCCACUGAUCCAGUUUUGUUGUGGCUGACUGGUGGACCCGGUUGCUCAGGUUUCUCGGCGGUUUUCGGCGAAUGGGGACCUUUCACAGUAAACGGUGACGGCGCAUCACUCUCGCUAAACCCGUACAGCUGGAACAGAAACGCUUCAAUGCUGGUGUUCGAGUCACCGGCCGGUGUCGGCUAUUCCUACUCAAAGGAUGGAAAUGUUCGAACAGGAGAUGAUCAGACAGCCUCAGAGAAUUGGGAAGGAUUGAAAGCUUUCUUCACCGAGUUCUCCCAAUAUCAAAAGAAUGAUUUCUAUAUCACGGGAGAGUCGUACGGCGGAGUUUAUGUGCCAACGUUGGCUCAAACGAUUCUCGAUCGGCAAAGCCAAUUUCAAAUCAAUAUUAAGGGUUUUGCAAUUGGAAACGGUCUUGUUUCUGCUGACACUGAUACGGAUGGACUUGUUCAAUUCACGCACAAGCAUGGAUUAAUUGAUCAACUGCAAUAUCAAAAGGCGCAAACGCAAUGCUGCACAAAUGGGAAUAUGGACGAUUGCCCGUUUCAUAACAUGAAUGGUUUUGAUUUCUGUGGCUCUUUCGUAAACAACGCUGUAAAUAUGGCAUGGCGAGGUGGCUUGAAUCCGUACAAUAUGUACGGUGAUUGUGUCAAUUCGGCCCUCGCUCAGCAAUACCAAAUCGAUUUGAGGAGGAAAUUCGGCCCUGUCGAUGGGGUGCAACCGCAUCAGUUGAGCACCCCACCGUGCGUAAACGAGUCAGCUGUGACGGUUUACAUGAAUCGUCGUGAUGUGCGAGUGGCUUUCGCGGUGCCCGGCCUCUUGGGAGCGUGGAGUAUUUGCAGUGACCAAGUUUCGCAAGAGUAUCGCCGUCAAUAUGACAACGUCUCGUCGCAAGUCAAAAAUGCGCUCAGCGCCGGGCUCAAGGUGAUGCUUUACUAUGGAGACAUCGAUAUGGCGUGCAAUUUCAUGGGCGGUCAAAAGUUCACCGCCGGACUUGGAUUAACGCAAGUGGCUGCCAAGCGAUCCUAUCACGUCGGUGGUCAAGUGGCCGGUUUUAUCACCGAUUGGGGACAGUUGAAAUUCGUCACGGUGAAGGGAGCCGGCCAUCUCGUUCCCGGUGACAAACCCGUCACCGCCGCCUAUAUUCUCGACGCGUUUAUCAACAACAAGAAAUUC